AUGUCAUUGCGCAAUUCUACAGAGUCGGAGGAAAAGAAUGCUGAACAGACCACCGUCUGGACGGAGACGCAAACGGCGAAUUCGACAGACCCACGAUACUUUGUCAAGGAUCUCGACUACACUCCCCAGGAAAAGAGUGCGGUCAUCCGUAUCCUUGAUCGUCGCCUUCUCCCAGUCAUUUUACUGACGACCUUUGUCCUCAACAUGGACCGCACCAACAAUUCUAAUGCCAUCUCGGACAACCUACCUGGAGAUCUCGGCUUCACCAUAGACACAGUCAACACUGCAACUGCGAUCUACUCUGUCUUCUUUUCUUUGUUCAGCUUUUCUGGAGCUGUGAUGGCAAAGAUAGUGGGCCCAGCCCGAUUUUUAGGGAUCCCCAUCUUAAUGUUCUCUUGGGGUUUAGUGACUCUUGCCCAUGCUCUCAUCAAGGAUCGUGCCGGCUAUCUCACCGUUCGCGUCUUUAUUGCCGUCACGGAGGGCGGGGUUAUUCCAGCGACGUUGAUCUACUUGGGGAGUUUUUACAAGGGAACGGAGCUGUCGACACGAUUAGCAGCAUUCUGGGGCACUCAGGCUAUCGCUAGUGCAGUCAGCGGUCUCAUGGCGAGCGGUCUGCUUCGAUUGCGAGGCCGUGCUGGACUUGAAGGAUGGAAAUGGUUAUUCAUCGUUGACGGGAUUAUCACUCUCGUUGUAGCGGUUGGGAUAUGGUUCUACCUUCCCCGGAACGUGACAAAAACGACAGGUGGCUUGCGGGGCUUUAAACCUUGGUUCAGCGAGCGCCAGCUUCAAAUCGCAGUCACUCGCGUUAUUCGCGACGACCAAUCUAAACGAGAAUACGAGAAACGAGCUACUAAACGAGAUUUUUGGGAUGCGGCGAAAGAUCUUGGGCUAUGGGGACACAUGCUGAUCACAAACGUAACCUUGACCCCAACAAACCCACUUGGAACUUACCUCCCAACCGUGAUCAAGAGCUUUCAUUUCAACGUUUUCGUGUCUAAUGCUCUCACGGCCCCACCAUACGUCCUUCAGUGUAUUAUCAUGAUUUUGGUGAUAAGGCACAGCGACAAGGUUCGGGAGCGAGGGUUUCAUGGUGCCUUUGGCAGCUUCUGGCAGUGUAUUGGAUGGGUGAUUCUCCGAGCAAUGCCGGAUUCAGCCCCACGGGGUGUCAAAUAUUUUGGCGCUAUAAUUGUCGCAUCCUGGCCUUACAACCACCCACUGAAUAUCGGAUGGAUGUCUGAAAACACAGGGAGCAUCGGAAAGCGAACUGUAGCUUCUGGAGCGGUCAUCUUUGCGGCGAAUAUAUACGGUGUCUGGGCUUCUCAAAUAUACCAAGCAUCCGACGCACCGUUCUUCAAACGUGGCAACUCGGCCAACAUUGCUAUCGCAGGCUUCACUACCAUAAUGUGGAUCGUUCAAAAAUAUUACUACAAGCACUUGAACAGGAAACGCGAGCGAGAGUAUGCCGCACUCUCUGAAGACGAGAAAGCCGCCGAAGACCGUCUGGUGCAUGAGAAAGGGAACCAAAGCCUCACAUUCAAAUAUACGACUUGA